AGGGAUUAAUAAUAUAAGAAGCAAUAAACGGAGUCCUGUAAAUCAAAGAACGAGUCUCAGAACGUAUGGGGAGUCGUACAACAAGAGAAGCAAGAGCGGAUGAUUCAAAAUCUUUGUGCUGAUUCGCUGACUGAAGCAGGAAGUGCGCAACAGACUGUAGCUCUUUCCACGAUGGGAGAAAACGUGAAGUUCAACCACUUGCUGAGUGACCUGAUGAGUCCUGACAACGACCGUCGAAAACAUGCAGAAGACAAUUAUGAUCCACUGCCGUAUGAGGCCAAGAUCAUGUUCCUGCUCCAGGCCAUUGGCGACACUUGUUCCUUGGAGGCGACCCGGCAGAUGGCCGCCUUGCUGCUUCGCCGUCAGUUGUCUUCAUGCUUCAGGGACGUCUACCCCAAUCUAUCUGCCGAGGUGCAGAAGUCCAUCAAAACUGCGCUCCUGACCUGCAUCCAGCACGAGACGGUCUCCAAAGUCCGGAAGAAACUGUGUGACAUCGUGGCGGAACACUCCCGCAGUCUCAUGGAUAAGGAUGGGAACAACCCGUGGCCGGAGCUGCUGGUCUUCCUGCUCGACUCUGUGAACUCAACAAACACAGGCUUGCGAGAGGCAGCGCUCCACAUCUUCUGGAGUUUUCCUGGAAUCUUCGGAAAUCUGCAGAAUCAGGUUCUCCCCGUCAUCAAGUGCAUGUUGGUCCAGUGCAUCCAAGACCAGGCUCACCCACAGAUACGCUACGCAGCUGCGCGCGCCACGCUAGCGUUUGUUUUGUUCAGUGAAAGCAGCAGGAGAAAUGACAGCAGCGAAAACACGGUGAUGAAACAUCUCUCUGAUAUGCUGCCUUCACUCCUACAGCAGCUCAGUGAGUCCUGUAACCAGGGCGAGGACUUGCUCCUGACCUCAUUUGUGGAGGUCGCAGACACGGCUCCCAAAUACCUGAAAACGAACCUGCCGUCGGUGCUGGGGCAGUGCCUUAAACUGAAUGCAGACAUCAACUUGUCUGAUACCCAGAGACAUUUGGCGCUGGAGGUCAUCGUCACCUUAUCCGAAACUGCCAGUGCCUCGCUGAGCCAAAACACCGCCAUCGUGACUCGAAGCAUCUCUCAAAUUUUGGCUAUGAUGGUGGACUUGGAGGACGACGACGAGUGGACCAUGGCGGACGACCUGGAGGAGGACGACUGCCACACUAACGCUAUGACCGGAGAAAGUGCGCUCACCAGGCUGGCAUGUGGACUGGGGGGAAUGAUUCUACCCAUUGUAAAGGAACACAUCUCGCAGAUGCUCCAGAACCCCAACUGGAAGUACCGCCACGCGGGGCUGAUGGCACUGUCCGCCAUUGCUGAGGGCUGCCAUCAGCAGAUGGAUGAAGUCCUGUACGAGGUUGUCAGUUUUGUUCUGCUCUUCUGUGCGGACAACUACCCGAGGGUGCGGUUUGCUGCCUGCUCUGUCCUGCGACAAAUGGCAAUGGACUUUACUCCAUCAUUCCAAAAACGAUUUCACAAAAGGGUGAUCUCAACCCUUCUGCAGAACCUGGAGGACCAGGACAAUCCUCGAGUUCAGGCUCAAGCAACUGUAGCCCUCAUAAAUUUCAUCAAUGGUUGCCCCAAAACUCUUCUCUCUACAUACCUUCAUACCUUAAUGCCUCAUCUCCACCGGAUCCUGAACGCAAAGCUUCAAGAGUUGGUUGAAACAGGCGCCAAAAUGGUCCUGGAGCAAGUGGUUAUAGCGAUCGGCUCAGUGGCGGAAAACAUUGGGAAGAUGUUCUCGGCGUAUUACGGCUUGUUCAUGCCCGUGCUGACCCACGUCAUUGAGAAUGUGGUGCACAGGGACCUCCGUACCCUGCGGGGGAAGACCAUCGAGUGCAUUAGCCUCAUUGGAGUCGCUGUUGGGAAGGAGAAAUUCAUCCCAGACGCCUCGGCCGUCAUGCAGUUGCUGCUCAAGUCCCAGAUGGAAUCCGACAACAUGGAGGACGACGAUCCACAAGCGGCAUACAUGAUCUCUGCCUGGGCCCGGAUGUGCAAGAUGCUGGGGAAAGAGUUUGAGAGGUAUCUUCCUCUUGUCAUGGGUCCUCUGAUGAAAGCAGCCUCCAUUCAACCUGAGGUUCUCAACUACGAGAGGAUGUCGGAGAUCUAUCAAGACGACAGCUGGGAGUUUUUUCACCUGGAAGAUGAGAAUUUAGCCAUCAAGACGGCCGGCCUGGAAGAGAAGGCCACGGCCUGUCAGAUGCUGGUGUGUUACGCCAAAGAGUUGAAGGAGGGUUUUGCUGAGUACACAGAGUCGGUGGUGAAGCUGAUGGUCCCUCUGCUGGGGUUCAGCUUCCAUGAAGGCGUUCGAGUGUACGCAGCGCAGUCAAUGCCGCUGCUGCUGGAGUGCGCUCAAGGCCAGGGGCCGGACUACGUGGGCCAAAUGUGGCUGUUGAUGUGCGAUGCCCUGGUCGCAGCCGUAUCUUCGGAGCUGGAUUUAGAGGUGCUGCCGGACCUCUUGAGUUCUUUGGCCCAGUGUGUGGAGCUGAUGGGGAGCGAGUCUCUGAACAACCAGCAGUUCGAUACCCUGGGAGAGGCCAUCAGAAAGAGGCUGGAGCUGAGCUGUAAAGACCAGGAGCUGCGGCAGCUCAGGCGGCGGAGCGAGGACUUUGAUGAGCGGCUGGAGGAAGCCUUGCAAGACGAGGACGAGGUCUACAUGGAAAUUCUUACCAAAGUUUCGGACGUCUUGCAUUCCAUCUUCCGAGCGUUCCGAGAGAGCGCUCUGCCGUGGUUGGACAAGGUGCUGGACGUCAUCGCCAGGCUUACUUCGCCCGACAGGCCGUGGGCAGACAGGCUGUGGGGUCUCAGCAUCUUCAAUGAUGUCGUUGAGUACUGCGGCCCCGCCUCCUUCAAAUAUGCCCAGUUCUUCCUGCAGCCCAUGUUGGAGUCCCUGUGUGACUCCCACUCAGAGGUCAGAGAGGAAGCUGCUCACGGCGUCGGUGUCGUAGCUCAGCAUGGUGGAGAGAACUACCGGCCAUUCUGCUCCGAGGCGCUGCCCCGGCUCAUCACUCUCAUCCAGGCAGCUCACUCGGGGUCCGGAGACAGCGCCAGCGCCACGGAGAAGUCUAUCUCCGCCAUCGGAAAAGUCAUGAGAUUCCGACCGGAGUGUGGCAAUAUCAACGAGAUCCUGCCGCACUGGCUGGGCUGGCUCCCUCUCCGACGAGACAAAUGGGAAGCCACCCACACGCUGGACUUCUUGUGUGACCUCAUUGAAAGCAACAAUCCCAUCGUCCUUGGACAGGACAAUACCAACCUCCCGAAAAUUGUUCUCAUCAUUGCCGACGGCGUAGAAAAUAAAAUGAUCAAGGACAAGGAGUGUAGCCGACGGCUCGCUGCCGUCAUCCAUCUUGUCCGGAGUUCCGAGGGGUUAUGGUCGCACUGUGCCGCCUGUCUGAAUGAGACGCAGCAGAAGGCCAUCGAGGAGCUUCUGAGUGACACCAGAACCUGAAGAUAAAAACAGCUGAGGAAUCAGUUUCCCGGCCACGAACACUGUUGGACAUGAAUUAUCCAGUUCAAAUGGGACUAAUGAAGGGCCAGAUUCAAGACAGCACAGAAGCAACUGACCCCAGAAUUGUUUUGUUUGACUCUGUUUACAUUUUUAACUUGACGUGCCGCAUGCGUUUCCCGGUCCUCCUUUUCUGAUCUAAGCAAAUAAAGU